CCGAUCGGGUGAUACAGCAAGAUGGCGUCUGACGGAGAAGGCCUAAACGCGGGCAUUAUAUUUCUGUAUUCUUACAUAUAUGUUGUUUAAUAGAGUACACACGGUUAAUAAUUGUUUGUAGCAGGAUACAUUAGUCUGAGCGCACUUUGACACUUCUCCUGUUUGAUAGCGUCACUUAAGGUAGCUUGCAGCUAGUUUAGCUGGCUAGUUAGCUUAGCUUGUUAGCUGCUAACAAAGAGACGCGGAAGUUAUUUAAACAUCGCUAAGUAGGGAACUAAUGUGAGUGUAAAGUGUUGUGAUUGUGUGAAAAUGUGCGAAAGAACGAUAGCAAAGUAUGAGGAGGAACUUUGUCCGACAAAAGAGGAGAAGGAGCCACAACAUCAACUACUGGAUGUUUAUUAUAAGAAACAUCAUCAAGUUGUGUUACACAGAACAGACGUCUGUGAAGAACAACUUCUGCCUGAAAAACAGGAGUGUAGCUUCAGGAUGGUGAAGGAGGAUCCAUCAAAGAGGAAGACCAGGCGCCACAGACCCUCUGGUGUCUCCUUUUCCUCUUUGACACAGACCCUGCCCUGUAAAAAGGAAGAGGAGGACUCACUGACCCCCCACAUUAAAGAGGAAGAGGAGGAACACAGCAUCAGUCAGGAGGGAGAUCAUCUUGAAGGACUGGUGGAGUUCCCAGUGACUGGUGUCCCCGUGAAGAGUGAAGAUGAUGAGGUCAAAGGUGAAAACGUCGAAGAACAUCUUCCUCGUGAGCAGGAAGAAGAGCCACAGCCCCACCACAUUAAAGAGGAGGAAGAGGUACCACAUUCCCAUCACAUUAAAGAGGGAGGGGAGGAUCCACAGCCCCCCCAUAUUAAAGAGGAACACGAGACACCACAGAACCAUAGUGUUAAACUGACCCUUCACAUUAAAGGUCAAGUAACGGACCCACUGACCUUACACAUCAAAAAUGAAGAGGAGGACCCACUGACCCCUCACUUUAAGGAGCAAGAGAACCCGCUGACCCCUCACAUUAAAGAGGAAAAGGAGGACCCACUGAACCCCUACUUUAAAGAGGAAGAGGAGGACCAAGAGCCGCCGCACAUUAAAGAGGAAGAGGAGGAACACAGCAUCAGUCAGCCUAAAUGGUUGGAGGAGUUCCCAGUGACUGGUGUCCCUGUGAAGAGUGAAGAUGAUGAGGUCAAAGGUGAAAGUGAGGAGAAGAGCAGCAGCUCAACACAACACAUGACAACAGAAGCUGAUGGAGACCACUGUGGAGGAUCACAAGCAGACAAGCUCUUAGCUCCACUAUCAGAUAGUGAGGACACAACGUCACACUCUCCUGACACUGAUGAUGAAGACUCUAAAGAUGAUAAGACAUGUCACACUGACAACACUCACUUCAAAUGUUCUCACUGUGACAAAACUUUCAAUUACCGUCGUAAUCUGAAAGUACACAUGAGAACACACACUGGAGAAAAAACGUUUUCCUGCUCAGAAUGUGGAAAAAGUUUUACUAAAAGUCAGAGAUUGAAAGAACACAUGAGAACACACACUGGAGAAAAACCGUUUCCCUGCUCAGAAUGUGGUAAAUGUUUUACAAUAAGUCGGAGUUUAAAAGUACACAUGAGAAUACACACUGGAGAAAAACCUUUUUCUUGUUCAUUCUGUGGUAAAGGUUUUACACAGAAAAAUGUGUUAAACGAACACAUUUCAAUACACACUGGAGAAAAGCCUUUUACCUGUUCAAUAUGUGGUAAAAGUUUUACACACAGUCAGACUUUGAAAAAACACACAAUGAUACACACUGGUGAAAAACCAUUUAUCUGUUCAAUCUGUGGCUCAUCUUUUACAAGGAAGGAACAUUUGAAAGUACACCAGAAAACACACACUGGUGAAAAGCCUUUUUCCUGUUCAGUCUGUGGUAAAGUUUUUGCAGAAAGUCAACAUUUGAAAAGUCACAAGAGAACGCACACUGGUGAAAAAUCACAUUCCUGUUCAAUCUGCAACAGAGGCUUGUGUGGCCUAUCAACCCUUAGAGCACACAUGAGAACACACACGGGAGAGAAAGUGUUGAGUUGCAGUGUGUGUGGUGAAAGAUUCUCUUCUAAGUACCAGUGUAAGAAACACAAGUGUGCUGGUGAGAACAGCAGCAGCAAAUGAAACUGCAGGAUUUGAAAUAACCGUAACCCCUAACCAAUGUUCCCUCUAAUUUUUCAUGUGUGUGAGCAAACGCACAAACACCCUGAGCAUUCAGUGGAAUACAGACGUGCACACUGUGGUCAUACCAGCAGCACAUUUGUCUCAAACCUGACAACAAUUUAAUGUCUUAUUAUUAUAAUCAAGUGACUAGUCAAUUUCAAUAGAUUAUUUUCUAAUAUAUGUGAUUUGGCCCACUUAGAUAUAGUUUUUUUUUUAAUCAGCUAUGCACUAUAGUAUUUUAUGCCUGGGUGGGGGUCCUGCUUUGGAAAAAUGGUGUACCCUUUCAGAGAUCGCAUUUAGUUCCCCUUAAAACAUUCACAUGUUGCAUGAGAUGAAGUGUUUAA